AUGCUCCCGUUAUUGCCGAAUGAGCGGUGUUUGCAGAGAGAUGAACCACACUUGAAUCCGGCUAUCGCAAUUCAGACAGGAGUGCUGGCUUUGCGCCUCGUGGAUCACCCAGAUUGGUCCAUGACAUUCAAUGACCUCGCGGCUCAACUUUGCUCCCGCUUUCAACACCGAAGCAACGACGAAGACUUUGGAUCAGGCUAUCGUACUUCACAAGGAGGUGCUGGCCUUGUGCCCGGUCGGUUACGCCAAUCAGUCCAUGAGACUAAAUCACUUAGUGCAUCGACUAUCCACCUGCGUUGA